AUGUUCUUCAAGAUCUCCAUCGUCUUCGCAGUCUUUGCACUGUUGAUCCAGGUCGCCGUCUCUGCUCCUCCUGCCUGUGUUCUCCAGGCCGUCAACCAGGCUGGAAAUCCUCCCAGCGAUGUCAAGGACAUCUGCGCUAGUGGCAGCACUGUCGAGCAGACCCUCGUUAGUGACUGUGGCAACAACUUUGACGCUGCCAUGAGCGCCUUCUCCAGCAUCUGCUCUGGUGUUGGUGUCACCAUCUCUAUUUGGAGUGCCGCUUCCUCAUCUGCCACUCCCGUCAGCUCGAACGCUAUCAGCACAUCUGCCACUUCCAUCACUAUGGCUACCAGUGAUGACAAGUCUGACUCCACCUCGACCUCGACUUCUGCCCCUGCUCCAGCCUCCAGUACUGAGUCGAUGGUUGAGUCUACCGAUGUUGCUGUUACCACUGCUACUGGCAUCCUCACAGCAACCGACACUGUCACCACUACACAACCUGCCGGCUCAUCAGGCGUCUCAGUUUCAUCAAGCACAGUGUCCACUGGUGCUGCCGAGCACGUCGAGAAGAACGGAUGGGUCAUGGGAGCUAUGGCUGCUGCUGGUCUCGUCAUGGCCUUGUAA